AUCACGUGAUAAUUGUAGGUACAGUUUUACUGAUAUAUUUUUUUUCAUAGAGAGUUUUAAAACCUUUACGUCAGUUCUAUUUUUAUUAUCACGUGCAUACUUGUACGUUUAAACCGCCAUUUUACUACUCAAGACAAUAGGAAGAUGUCAAAGAAAAUCAAAGAAUCCGAUGAAUCUCGACUCUCUAAACCUGGAAAAGAGGAGAUGAAAGGAAAGCAAGUAAAGAAGAUAGAAGAUCCUGUCUCAUCCACAAGUGGAAUGGAGCAAGAAAAAGGAGAGGACUUUAAAGGAAAGCAAGAAAGAAAGAUUGAAGAUCCUGUCUCGAGCACAAGUGAAAUGGAACAAGGGAAAGAAGAGAAAUUGGAAUUAAAGCAAGACAGAAAGAAUGAAGAUACCCCAGUGAGACAGAAUAUAUGUAUGGAGGAUGAUGAAAUCCCUUCAAGUCAACGAUGAAAACACCGAUAUCGUAUGUUUAACGAAGCGAAGAAGUUAAGAAAACGAAAACAUAGCUUCGUCAGGAAAAAUGGGUUUCAAUUAAAAUGAGGCUGAUUGCUUGUUUUAACAUGACGGUUUUUGGACAUUUUUUGUAAAUAAAGUUAAAUCUUGACUUAAACAUGAUGCUUUGAUUGAAAAUUAAAGAAACUGUUUUAUUAAUUUUGUUAGAAAUUUCAUUUGGAAUAUAGAAAAAAAAACCUGGAGGUUGAUGUUUGUUUGUAAAGACAAAAGUUCCAUACUUUGAAUAAAUAAAUUUGAGCAAUCAGUGUAUUUAGUUAAGGAAUGAUUUGUUAUUGAACUUGAUCAGUUUUUCAAAACCUUAAUGAGGAAAAAUUAUGUUGAAAUCUAGCAAGAUGUUUCUAGGUAAAUACUAUGAAAGCU